AAUUAAGUCUCUCGCCCCCCCCCCCUCCGAAAGCCACACGGGGCAUGCGUCUCUCUCCUAAAAGAAGGACCAGGACGUAAAAGCAGCGCUUGGGUGGCUGGAGGUGGGGGCCAGGGAGGGGGCGCUUUCCUUCCUUCCUUUCUUUCUUUCUUACACUAAGUUGGGCUCCGAAAUAGCGGCUGGCUGGUUGUUGCGGGGAAGGCUCCUUCUUUGCAAAGUUUGGUGAAGCGCGUGGGUGUUGUUUGUCUUUCCUUUUCUCCACCCCAAUUUCGGGGGGCUUCUUUCUCCUCCGCCGCCCUCAGCAUGACGACGUCUCCCGAUUACCUGGUCAUCCUCUUUGGGGUCACCAGUGGGGCGACCGGAGCUCGCCUGGGCUCCGAUGAGAGAGAAUUAAUCCAGCUCCUGUGGCGGGUAGUAGAUCUGGCCAGCAAAAAGGUGGGCAGUCUUCAUCAGGUCCUGAUCGGGCCCGAUCGCCUGGCGCUGACGGACGAAUGCAGAGAGGAGACCGGCCUAGACGAGGACAGUCUGGCGCUCGCCCCGCAGCUGGAACAAGCCCUGGGGCAGUUCAACCAGUCUGUGAGCAAUGAACUAAAUAUUGGUGUUGGUACGUCCUUCUGUCUCUGUGCUGAUGGGCAACUUCAUAUCAGGCAGGUUUUGCACCCUGAAGCAUCAAAAAAGAAUAUCUUGUUACCUGAAUGUUUCUACUCAUUUUUUGAUCUCCGAAAAGAAUUCAAGAAGUGUUGUCCUGGCUCACCUGAAAUUGACAAAUUAGAUGCUGGUUCCAUGAUACAAUAUCUGAAUCCUGACAAGCAGAGCUCAACACAGCGUUUUGGAAUGCACCAAGUGGAAGAUAUGGGCAAUGUGAUUUUAGCACUAAUUUCAGAACCCUAUAACCACAGGUUUUCAGAUCCAGAAAGGGUGAACUAUAAAUUUGAAAGUGGAACCUGCAGCAAAAUGGAACUUGUGGAUGAUAAUACUGUGAUCCGAGCCAGAGGUUUACCUUGGCAGUCAUCAGACCAGGACAUUGCCAGGUUCUUCAAAGGAAUAAAUAUUGCCAAAGGAGGGGCUGCGCUUUGUCUCAAUGCCCAGGGCAGAAGAAAUGGAGAAGCGCUUGUCAGGUUUGUAAGUGAAGAACACAGAGAAUUAGCAUUACAAAGACACAAGCAUCACAUGGGGAACCGGUAUAUAGAGGUGUACAAAGCAACAGGUGAGGACUUCCUCAAAAUUGCUGGAGGUACAUCCAAUGAAGUAGCCCAGUUCCUAUCUAAAGAAAACCAAGUGAUUGUUCGUAUGCGGGGUCUCCCAUUCAAUGUCACAUCAGAAGAAGUGUUAGCGUUUUUUGGUCAACACUGUCCUGUGACAGGUGGAAAAGAAGGAAUCCUUUUUGUGACUUACCCUGACAAUAGGCCAACGGGAGAUGCAUUUGUGUUGUUUGCUUGUGAGGAAUAUGCACAAAAUGCACUAAAAAAGCAUAAGGACUUGUUGGGGAAAAGGUACAUAGAACUUUUCAGGAGUACAGCUGCUGAGGUACAGCAGGUCCUGAACAGGUAUUCCUCUGCUCCUCUCAUUCCUCUCCCAACUCCUCCUAUUCUUCCUGUGCUACCUCAGCAGUUUGUGCCUCCCACCACUGUCAGGGACUGUGUUCGUCUGCGUGGUCUUCCAUAUGCUGCCACUAUAGAGGACAUUUUGGGAUUCCUGGGAGAGUUUUCUGGAGAUAUCAGAACUCAUGGGGUUCACAUGGUAUUAAAUCACCAGGGUCGACCCUCAGGAGAUGCCUUCAUCCAAAUGAAGUCUUCAGAUCGAGCCUUCUUAGCAGCUCAGAAAUGCCACAAAAAAACCAUGAAGGACAGAUAUGUGGAAGUCUUUCAAUGUUCUGCUGAGGAGAUGAACUUUGUAUUAAUGGGGGGCACUUUAAAUCGAAAUGGCUUAUCCCCACCACCAUGUAAGUUACCAUGUAUUUCUCCACCUUCAUAUUCUUUUCCAACACCCACUGCAAUAAUUCCAACAGAAGCAGCCCUCUACCAGCCAUCCCUAUUCCUCAGUCCACGUACCCUCCAGCCAUCCACAGCAUAUUAUCCAGCCGGCACUCAGCUCUUCAUGAACUACACCACCUAUUACCCUAGCAUGCAGCAGAGAAUGGAUCUCUACAGUCAGAUGGGUCGGCCAGCUCACUGCCCAAAGAAUGGAUUUCUCUUUAAAGGCCCAAGUAGUUAAAUUUUCUGAAAAAGACUCCAGUUCAUAUCCUAUAUAACUUCACUGAACAAAAUGGAAAUCCCGCUGAGCAGGCUCCAAAUUCUACAUGACUGCAAUCUUCCAAGACAGAAUCUCCACCAUCUUGAAUAUCUGCUGGUGUCAGGAGAUUGUGUGGAUUUUUUAAAUAACUGAAUGUGCAUAUAUGUCAUCCCAGGAAUAGCCUUUCUCCGUUUCUCAUUCUAUCCUUGCCACUGAAAGCCUUGGGGACCACAUAAAAGCACUACCUGAAAUCACAGCUGCCAAAUUCACAAGGGAAGAACAUUUAUAGUUAUCUUUUCCUAUAUCCAAAAAUUACAUUUAUCUCUGAUCACUAAAAGUAUCCUACCAAGGUUAAGGCACUCCUAACAUUUGUUGAUACAACACAUCAUGACAAACCAACUUUUCUAGUUUCAUGCACAUUUUUAAAAUAAAACAAAAAGGUCUGAAGACCUUUAGAUUUAUGCCAUUGGGGUUGUUUCUGUGUGUAUGUUGCAUUUGUACGUGUAUAUAUAUAUGCGGAUGUAUGUGUACUUGGAUGUGUAAACACUUUGAUUCAUGUAUAUUUAUUUGUUUAACAAUAUUUUUCAGGUUCUAGGAAGGUUUACUUGUCAGUGUAAAAUGCAGUGUGGGGAGGGGAGAGAAUGGUGUAUCAUUUUGUAAAAUAUAGCAUAUAAAUAUAUAAAUAUAUAUAAAGUAAUGCUCUAAAAAUUUGUAUAUUGCACAUUACUGUAUAUUUAAAUUCCUCUAGUCAGAUAAUCCAACAGAGGAGAGGUUAUUAAUUCUAUUCUUUCCACAAGCCAAUAUAUAACUUAUAAAUACUAGUAUCAAAUUAAACAUGGACAGUUAGGAGGUUUUUUUCUCUUCACCAUUGUCUCUCCUGUGGAGGAAGGAAUUAAAAUGUGUGCAGUAAAAUGUAGAGAUCACUACAGUGUAAUGAGCUGGGAUAUGGAAAUUCUCAUUUUAAUCUUUUACAUCAAUUUUUCUGCUGGUAUCCCUGAUGAAUUAUCAAAAACAUACAGUUUUUGUAUCAAAAACAUACAGGGGCUAUGUCACUGUUGUAAAAAUUGAUUGGAAUUGUUCUUGCUGGAUUCUGUUCAGACCUGAUGAAUGAAUGUUAUGCUCUUUGAGUCACAUUACAGUUUUGCCUUCCACAAAUAUUAAACUGUUUUAAAUCAGUUUA